AAAAGAAACAAAAUGAAAGAAAAAAAAAAAAAAAAAAGGAAAGAAAAGAGAAGAAGCCUUCCAUUGACUUCCACUCUCACCAAACAUUCUGCCCGCUUUCUCUAUCUCAUUCUCGCCCAAUUCUCGGCUUUCCAGUUUCUCUUAGCCUGUUUCCAUUUCCAUGUUUCCAGGUUCGGGUUCCUCCACGCCUGAUGACGAAACUUACAACAUCAUACCCGUUCAAAAUCUUCAAAGCAACCAUCCCUCCCUCCGAUACCCCGAGGUUCGCGCCGCCAUAUCAGCUUUAAGCGACGACAGCAACCUCCGCAAGCCAUCCUGCGGCCAGUGGCACUCUUCCAUGGACCUCCUCGACUGGCUGGGUCUCUUCUUUGGCUUCCAACGCGAUAAUGUCAAGAACCAAAGGGAACACCUAGUCCUCCACCUCGCCAACGCUCAGAUACGCCUCUCUCCUCCUCCCACGGUAUGUGACGUCCUCGAUACCAAGGUCCUCCGUAAGUUUCGCCGGAAGUUGCUUGAAAACUACACUAAAUGGUGCUCUUAUCUUUGGAUAAAACCUAACGUCUGCAUCCCCAAUAGCUCCAGGUCUAACUCUGAUCCUCGUACAGAGUUACUUUACGUAGGGCUGUAUUUAUUGAUAUGGGGCGAAUCUGCGAAUUUGCGGUUCAUGCCCGAAUGCAUCUGUUACAUAUUUCAUCACAUGGCCAUGGAACUAAAUAAGAUUCUACGAAAUGAAAUCGAUGAAAAUACAGGCUUGCCAGUGAUGCCAUCAACAUCAGGAGAAAACGCGUUUUUAAACUGCGUUGUGAAGCCGAUGUACGAAACAAUUAAGGGUGAGGUGGAGAGAAGCAAGAAUGGAACUGCACCGCAUAGUUCGUGGAGGAAUUAUGACGAUUUGAAUGAGUACUUUUGGAGCAACAGGUGUUUUAAGAAGCUGAAGUGGCCAAUUAAUGUGAACAGCGAAUUUUUUGUUACUUCCAGCGCAAGAAAACGUAUAAAGAAAACUGGGUUUGUAGAACAAAGGUCCUUCUUGAGUCUGUACAGAAGCUUUGACAGGCUGUGGGUGAUGCUGCUGCUGUUCCUUCAGGCUGCGGUUAUCGUGGCCUGGGAGGAGAAGGGGUAUCCAUGGGAGGCGUUGUAUGACAAAUAUGUUGAGAUCAAACUUUUGACACUGUUUAUCACUUGGAGUGGAAUGAGGUUUUUGCACGCUUUACUGGAAGCAAUGUCGGAGUACAGUCGUGUUUCGAAAGAGACGUUGGGGCUCGGAAUCAGGAUGGUCCUAAAGAUUGUGGUUGCUACGGCGUGGGUUUAUGCCUUUGUGAUUUCUUAUGGAAGGAUUUGGAGAGAGAGGAACAAGGAUGGUCAAUGGUCUGGCGAGGUUAACAACCGGGUUAUCUUUUUCCUUUGGCUUGCAUUUCUUUAUGGGUUACCAGAACUGCUGGCAUUGGAUUUGUUCUUUCUUCCAUUCAUUAGGAGCUUUAUUGAAGACAAGAAUUGGAAAAUAUUUUACCUGGUAUCCUGGUGGUUUGAGACAGAUAGUUUUGUCGGCCAAGGAUUGAGGGAAGGGCUACUUGUCAAUGUUACGUAUAUUCUCUUCUGGGUCGUGGUCUUAGCUACAAAAUUUUCAUUUAGUUAUUUCCUGCAGAUUAAACCAGUGAUUACCACCACAAAACAGUUGUUGGAUUUUCAUAAUGCGGAAUAUGAGUGGAGUGAGUUUUUCCAUAACAGCAACAAGUUGGUUCUUGGUUUGUUGUGGAUGCCUGUGGUGUUGAUUUAUUUGAUCGAUACUCAGAUUUGGUACUCAAUCUAUUCUCCGUUUGUGGGGACUGCGGUGGGGUUGUUCCAGCACUUGGGUGAGAUUAGAAAUAUAAAGCAGUUGAGGUUGAGGUUUCAAUUCUUCGCUUCUGCAAUUCAAUUCAAUCUGAUGGUACCGGAGCUGCCAUUUAAUAGUAGGGAAACCUUGAAAAAAAUGUUAAAGGAUUCCAUUCAACGGUUGAAGCUGAGAUAUGGACUCGGGCGGCUUUACAAGAAGAUCGAAUCAAGCCAGGUUGAGGCUACCAGAUUUGCACUGAUAUGGAAUGUUAUAGUUACCACUUUUAGGAAAGAAGAUAUCAUAUCUGACCAAGAGUUUCAGCUAUUAGAGUUGCCCCCUAAUUGUUGGGACGUCAGGGUUAUACGGUGGCCAUGUUUUUUGCUAUGCAACGAGUUGCAACUUGCUCUUAGGCAAGCAAAAGAAUUGCCGGACGCUCCUGAUGCGCAUCUCUGGAGUAAAAUAUCCAAGAAUGAAUACAGGCGUUGUGCUGUGAUUGAAACUUAUGAUUCUCUCAAGUACUUGAUGCUUAAAAUCGUUAAGAUCAGCCCUGGGGAGCACAAUAUUCUGGACUACUUGUUUCGAGAAAUUGAUGAGGUCAUUAGGGCUGGGAAGUUCACUCAGGUGUUCAAAAUGAUUGCACUGCCUCAGAUUCAUACCAAGUUGAUAAAACUUGUCGAUCUAUUGCUGGAACCCAAUAAGGAUGAGAGCCAGGUGGUAAAUACUUUGCAGGUCCUUUAUGGAAUUGUCAUUCAUGAUUUUUUCCGCGUAAAGCUGAGCACAAACGAGCUGAGGCAAAUGCGGUUGGCCCCUCAGAAUCCAGCUGCCGUGGUGGGACUGCUAUUUGAAAAUGCGGUUGAGUUGCCCGAUUUUAGUGAUAAGCACUUGUAUAGUCAGGUAAGGCGUUUGCAUACGAUUCUUACCACCAAGGAUUUAAUGCAGAACUUUCCAAUUAAUCUUGAGGCAAGACGUCGACUAGCCUUCUUUAGCAACUCACUCUUUACGAAUAUGCCUCGUGCUCCCCUUGUGAAUAGGAUGAUGGCAUUUAGUGUUCUCACCCCUUACUACAAUGAAGAAGUCUUGUACGGCAAAGAACAACUCCAAAUUGAGAAUGAAGAUGGGGUUUCUAUCUUGUAUUAUUUACAAACUAUUUAUGAUGAUGAGUGGAAAAAUUUCAUGGAAAGAAUGCGCCGAGAGGGAAUGGAAAGGGAUGAUGAAAUAUGGACAACCAAGUUGAGAGAUCUGAUGCUUUGGGCAUCAUAUAGAGGCCAGACUCUUGCACGAACUGUGAGGGGAAUGGCUUACUAUCAUCGAGCUCUAAAGUUGCUAGCUUAUCUUGAUUCAGCAUCUGAGAUGGACAUUAGAUUAGAUAUUGAUUUAAUUGACAUGGAUAAAUGUUUCGAUGGUUUCAACUCCCAAAGCUCAUCUUCUUCUACGAAUUUAGGCAGACGUAGCUCCUUAAAUCUGUUCCAAGGCGAUGAGUGUACGAUUACUUUAAUGAAAUACACACAUGUGGUUUCCUGUCAGAAAUAUGGGGAACAUAAUGCUGAGGAAAUCAUGAACCUACUGAGAAACAAUGAAUCCCUUCGAAUUGCCUAUGUUGAUGAGAUUUCAACAAGGAGGGACAAGAAGGAGUAUUACUCUGUCCUUUUCAAGUACGAUCAGCAAUUACAGAGGGCAGUGGAAAUUUAUCGUGUCAAAUUGCCUGGCCCAUUCCAGCUUGGCGAGGGCAAACCAGAGAAUCAAAACCAUGCUCUUAUCUUCACCCGUGGUGAUGCUCUUCAAACAAUUGAUAUGAACCAAGACAACUGUUUUGAGGACGCACUUAAAAUGCGAAAUCUAUUGGAAGAAUUCAGGCACUACCAUGGUAUCCGGAAGCCCACCAUCUUGGGGGUUAGGGAACACAUUUUUAGUGGUUCUGUUUCGUCACUUGCUUGGUUUAUGUCAUCUCAAGAGACAAGUUUCGUUACCUUAGUGCAGCGUCUCUUGGCAAACCCUCUGAAAAUUCGAAUGCAUUACGGCCAUCCAGAUGUCUUUGAUAGGUUUUGGUUCAUCACUCGUGGUGGCAUUAGUAAAGCUUCAAAAGUGAAUAAUAUUAGUGAGGACAUUUUUGCUGGCUUCAAUUGUACUUUGCGAGGAGGCUGUGUCACACACCACGAAUACAUACAGGUCGGCAAAGGAAGAGAUCUUGGGAUGAAUCAAAUAUCCAUGUUUGAAGCCAAGAUAGCUGGUGGGAACGGUGAACAGGUUCUCAGCCGAGACGUCUACAGGUUGGGUCAAAGACUGGACUUUUUCCGGAUGUUAUCAUUCUUUCACACUACAGUAGGAUAUUUUUUCAAUACAACAAUGGUCAUCCUUACAGUCUAUGUAUUUCUAUGGGGUCAGCUUUAUCUGGCCCUAGGUGGUGUUCAGGAUUCUGACCUACGUAAUGACCAAAACAUCAGAAAAGCACUUGGUGCCGUGUUAAAUCAGGAAGUCCUUGUGCAAUUUGGUCUGUUGACUACUCUUCCAAUGAUAAUAGAAAGUUCCCUUGAGCACGGUUUUCUUGGAGCCGUUUGGGAAUUAUUGAUGAUGCAGCUCCAGCUUUCAAUUGUUUUCUAUACAUUCUCGAUGGGAACCCGUGCUCAUUUCUUUGGUCGGACCAUCCUUCAUGGGGGCGCAAAGUAUCAAGCAACCGGGCGUGGUUUUGUUGUGCAUCACACAAGUUUUGCUGAAAAUUACAGAUUGUUUUCACGCAGCCAUUUUAUAAAGGCUAUUGAGCUUGGCUUGAUUCUUAUAGUCUAUGCAUUAUAUGUCCCAGUAGUAGCCAAGAACACAUUUUUUUACAUAGACAUGGCAAUGACAUGUUGGUUUCUAGUUCUCUCCUGGAUAAUGGCCCCCUUCGUGUUCAACCCUUCUGGUUUUGAUUGGUUCAAGACUGUAAAGGACUUUGAUGAUUUUAUGAAAUGGAUUUGGCACCAAGGUAGCGUGUUUGCAAAGGCUGAACAGAGCUGGGAGAGAUGGUGGUACGAGGAACAAGACCAUUUAAGGACAACCAGCCUUUUUGGAAAGCUGUUGGAGAUUAUUUUAGACCUUCGUUUCUUCUUUUUCCAAUAUGGGAUCGUAUACCAUCUUGGUAUUGCUGCCCAUAGUAAGAGUAUUUAUGUUUAUUUGUUGUCUUGGAUCUACUUUGUUGUGGCAUGUGGAGUUUAUCUGGUAUUGUCAUUUAUUCGGAAGAAACAUGAGGCAAAGAAACAUAUAUAUUGCCGGCUGGCUCAGUUCCUGGUGAUUGUGUUUGGGAUACUUUUUAUCAUUGCCCUGCUUCAGUUUACAGUCUUCAAAUUUGGUGAUAUUUUCACCGGUCUAUUGGCAACUUUGCCCACUGGUUGGGGACUUAUAUCGAUUGCUCAAGUAUUUCGACCACUUCUUCAGCCUAGUAGACUUUGGGAUUUGGUGGUUUCGAUAGCUCGGAUAUAUGACAUAUUGUUUGGGGUUAUUGUAAUGGCCCCUGUGGCAUUUUUGUCACUAAUGCCUGGAGUCCAGUCCAUGCAGACAAGGAUCCUAUUUAAUGAAGCUUUUGGCAGAGGCCUCCAAAUGUUGAAGAUCAUUUCUGGGAUAAAACCAAAAAAGGAUCUCUACGGUCCACUUGAUUUGAGGAAAGCUAGUGAGGCAGACUCCCUUGCAAAACAGGCAGACCUCGAGAAGGAGAGCUGAUUGCGUGGCUUUACUACCCUUCUUGUAAGCUGAAUUUCCGAUGUUUGCUAGAGGCUGCAAUCAGUUCAUUUAUCUGUAAACAAGGGCUGCUUUGUAAUGUAUCUUUUUAACUUGGUGGGUUAGCAUUAACAGCAAGUUGAAGUGUUUGUUUAUCUUCAGUUAUUUGUGGACCUUUGGCAUUAGAAGACAAAACAUAAGAGAAGUUUCCAAAAGUUAAAAGCUCAUCAUGAUGGAAAAGCAUAUAGCUUCUCUAAGAAGAACAUGUUGGAUAUCCUUCAUAAUGACUGAGAUUUCAGCAAAAUGUCACCCUAGUUAUCAGGUAGACAUGCAACAGUCAACUUUGAUUAAAAGGUUUCUUGCCAAUUGUAUCAUUACAAUAUAUAUAUAUCCUUUUUUGUGUGCCUGGGGAUUUUCAAA